AUGGAUGGAACUGGUAUGCUGCCUUUAGCCUUUAACAAGAGACCUGGGAGCACUGCUUCUUUACAGCUCAGUGAACUAUCCAGGUUUGAAAACCAUCAGAUUGCAAACCCUGUAACCCUGCAAGCUGUCCGCUGUCUUCAGCCAGGCAACAAAGCCAGAGAUGAAAAUGGAUGGCGCUUGUCAUCAGCUCCAGACCCAAGGAACGAAGGAGAAGUUCCCCAGUUUAGAGAACCUGAUUCCCAUCAGACACUGCAUCCUGCAAAGGUGAAAACUGUCAUUCUGAAGUCUGAGAAACUACAUCCAAAACCCCCUGUGGAGGGUAGAGACAGGUCCGCCACCAUCAAGUCACCCCAUGAAGCCCUGCCUAAACUGAAAGAGCACUCUGUGAGCUGCUCUGGGCAGGAGUUGUGCUACCAGUGUAUGCAGUGGACCCAAAGAAAUGUCCCAGUGUACCUGAGGGGACAGCAGCAGGCAGAUGAGAGAGCACUGGAGAAACUGCUAUUGCUUAAACAACAAGAGAGGGAUGAGCAGUACAUGGAGGAAGAACAGGUGAAACUGAAAGAACGGCGUGAAAGAGCGAAGCAGGUGGCUUCAUUCAACCUGCAAAUGUCAGAGAAGGAGCUGACUCAGCUUCCUAAUUCGUUCAUCUUCCCGGCGCGGCCCCUCACGCCUCCCAGGAGUAUCCAGCAGCAUCAUUACAUGAACGAGCUUCAGAUUCAAAUAGACAGACGACAGAAAUUCAAGGCUCAAGAUGAACAGGAACGUCAUGUCAUGGAGUGUUUAGACCAGCUACAUCUGACUAAGGGGGUAGCUUUGCAGCAAGCUCAGCAACUCCAACGUAAACGGGAAAAGGCUAAGCAUUACAAGAGAGCCCUGGACACCCAGAUGUCUGAAAAGAAGUGCACAGAACCUCCAGAUUGCCACCCUGACAGCUCCACGUUCAGCCGCUGUGAGACAGCAGCGUACAAAGCAGAAAGCCGUGAAAGGGCACAAAAGAUCUUCCAGGUAAAUUUUAGUGCUGCCACCAAGAGAAUGAAAGAACUGCACAACCAUCAGGCACAGCUGGAGAAGGAAAAGGAGAUGUUGAGACGCAAUAAAAUGCAGCUAAUGCACGAUCGUAUCAAUCGCUUUGAGAAGAUGCAGGACAUCAGCAAGUCACUAGAGCAAGACUGGAGUCGCAGUGUGAAGCACAAAUACCAGCAAGAGGAAGACGAGAGGCGCUUUCGGAGGUCUGCUGGUCACCUCCUGGUUGAUAAGCUUGCAGAGUACAGGCGAUGUAGCCAGUGUAAGAGGAGGACCACCAACUAUGGAGAGACCAACAUCUGGAAAGACUCUCAUUACCUGUCUGGUACACAGUUCAUGAUCUGA